AUAAAAAAAAAAAAAACUUGUUCAAAGCUAAAUCCCUAGAUCUGAAAAAUAUCUCUGGAACCCUAGCAGUCGCUCUUGUCUACUUAUUACCAUGGACGAAUCCGCCAUCAAAGGUCUGAAUUUGCUGGAAUUGAACGAUAGUGGUGACGAUAGUGGUGACGAUAGUGGUGACGAUAGUGGUGCAGACUCUCAAACUCCCCGUAGCACCAGCACGACAGUUUCCGUUGAGGGAUAUGACACUUGGCUUCGAAAUGUUGCCUUCAUGAGGAUCUUGGGAGAAAAUGCCGAAGACAAGGCAUUGCAACUUAGUGGAACUGACGUCGGAGGAUGGACUGCUAUCGUUAAGCCUGCACCCUCUCAGAAAGUAUUCAUGGAUGAUCCUUGGUAUGCUGGUCCUAGGUGUGCUGCUGCUCCCGCGGAUACCAAAACACACAGGAUCCGCGUUACCGGAUAUGACACUUCGCUUCCUGAGAUUGAUAUGCAGAUCGCGCUGUGUAAACAUUUCUCCUCAUGUGGAUACGUCUCGAAAGUUAUAGUUCUCUCUAGCGGUGCAGCUUUCCUGUGUCUUAAAGGAGAAAGAUGUGUAGACAAGGCGCUGGAACUAAGUCGAUGUAACAUGGGAGGAAGGACUCUUGUAGUUGAACCUGUUGUGCCGCGACCCGAUAUCCUAAAAAAAAGAAGGCCGCUCGCCUGCACUACUACUGGCUACACUCUCCCAAGUAUUUUACUUGAGGAAGCUAAGAAGAAGAAGAAGAUGGAGAAGGAGACAGAGAAGGAGACAGAGAAGGAGAAGGAGAAGGAGAAGGAGAAGGAGAAGGAGAAGGAGAAGGAGAAGGAGAAGGAGAAGGAGAAGGAGAAGAAGAAGAAGAAGAAGAAGAAGGUGGAGAUGGAGAUGAAGAAGAAGAAGAUGAUGAUGGAGAUGGAGAAGAAAAAGACGAUGCACAAGAUGAAGACUAAGAUGAAUAUAAAAAAUUGUGCUGAAGAUGAAGUUACUCUCAAAGCCAUUCAAGAUGCUAGGAACUGGCAACUAGCACAUUUGGACUUAGUUCCACCUGGACGACCAUCUCCGCAGGUUAUUGCAGAGACCCGCGGUUAUGUCUUACCUACUGCUGACUCGAUCCAAAUUGAAACUGAUGCUGCUUGGAAUGAGGGUAGCCACCAAUGUGGAAUGGGCUGGAUUGGCAGGAACCUUUAUGGCACCUCUGUUUUUAUAGGCUCUGCCUCAUCUUCACAUGUUAUCUCCGCUCUUACGGGUGAAGCGUUAGCGGUAAGAGCAUCCCUCAAGGAGGCUUGGUCCCGUAAAAUAUUGGCAGGUCACAUCAAGUCGGACUCGCAAGUCCUGAUGGAAGGUGAAGAACUCUGUGCUGAUCAUGAGGACCAGCAUAUGUUUCCAGCCGAAGAUGCACUUCUUGCAACGGGCUUAUCAGCUUCAUCUCAUGUUUCAUUCCAGAAAAUGAAGAGGGAUGUAUUGUGUUUCCACCAAAUGUGCAUCACAUAGGGAAUCUAGAAAGUAGAAUACCUGGACUGGACUCUUCUGCUCCACAUGAUGUGUUAUCAGAAACCCUUGUUACUUAUGUAUUGAGUUCUACAAAUUUGGAGGCUCCAAACAAGAAUCAAAUGGCUAGUUUGAG